AUGGCUUCGAAAGAAACUCCAAGAAAGGAAUAUUUUAAGUGGAAAAACGUGGAUCAUUGCGGUUUUUGUGGCAGUUCGAAUAAUUCGGACAGAUUUACGAAUGUUUUUAGUGGCGUUGGAAAACGAAAAGAUUUAGUAUCAAAAAUUAAAGUCGCGUUGAACGUGAACGUAUGUUGUGGGGAAGGAAGUUUGCGAAUUUGCAGAAUUUGUGAGAGAAAGUUGAAUAGUUUUAAUGACUUCAUCAGUACAUCAAAGUCGGUACUUGAAAGUGUAAGAGAGAGAGGUUCAUCCAAGCGAUGUCUAAAUUUUUCACCACAAGUUUCGGGAAAGAGGGCGAACAUCUGCGACUCUGAUGAGAACGAUGAAAUUAAUACUAUUUCAGAUAAGGUAUUGCCUUUCUAAACUUUUAUUUUCGCACCAUCUAAAUUACCGUACUCUAUCUAUUAAGCCGGAGGGGGGCGGGGGGCUCAUUCUUUCCGAAGUGGGCAUUUUAAAGAGAUAUAUGGUGUAUACCUAGAGUAUGUAUAUUGUAUACCCUAUAUAUAUACCCGGGAUGGAUUUAAAUAGAAAAAUUAAAAGAGAACGAUUUAUAACGGGGUAUUUAACCCAGAUAUUUAUGCAGAAUUUUAAGAUUGACUAAAGAGGGUACUAUUCUUCUUGUAGUUCUUCAGAUUUUUUUUAAGCCAAUGUUAAGUCACUAGAUAAGUGUUAUUUGAUCGGUGUUACAUGUUUAACCAAAUUGUAACAUAUCAUUUUCCUAAAGGAAGAAUUUGGAACCAAACAGGAAGAAUGGAUUAAGCAAAUUGAUCGCGAUUGUUCUGAACUUUGCCGAAAGAAAUCACCAUCUAAGCUUAGAAUGAAGGACUUCUCAAAUAUGAACAAUUUUAGCUGGGAUGAACUAGUUACAGAAAUGUUGGAUCGUUGUCCAGUUUUGCUCAAUGCUUUGUUAGUAGCCAUGGGACGUUCGAAGGAGCAAGUGAAAGAUGUGGGUCCACGUAUUGGUAUGUGCUAUGCAAUUUUGAUGCAGACAAGAAACCAUGAACUGAGUUUGGUACAGCGAAUUAACACAGUUUUGAUGACCAAUGGGGGUGCUAAAAAACAGGUAACAAUAUAUUGGCACAAUACAUCAAUUUAUUAUGGUUUAGCUGAUAAAUUCUUUUAAUAUAUACAGUAUAUGUAAUAUGUAUAUAUACAUGGGCGUACCGGAAGGAAAAGUUUAGGGGGGCGGAAAAAAAUUUGCCCGACUUUUCCGGAUUUUGCCCGACAAGUACCGAAAAAAUUUUUUCCGGAAUUUAUUCUGGCGACCUCCAAAAAAAUCGCCAAAAAAAUUUCGGUCAGUGUACCAUCUUAGGGGUCAAAAAUUUUUUCCGGACAUACCAAAAAUUUCCGGAACCUGACAAAAAUUUUCGAAACAUCACAAAAUUGACCACAAAAUUUACAGAAUUUGUCCCAUUUAUUUUUAUAAUAAACCAAAAUUGCCCGACUGUUCAGCGAAUAUUGCCCGACUGCCCAACAAACUGGGGGGGGGGGGGCUACGCCCAUGUAUAUAUAUGUUUACCAUUUUCUCUUUAUUAAAACCCCAGGGGGCAUAUUUUUUCAGGUCUUUCGAGGGGUCUUAUUCGUGAGGAGCACUGAACAAAAUUCAUGUUUAAAAAUUGUCUUAUAACGUGUUAUCAUAGUGUAUGCCAUGUAAAAUGCAAUAUAUCCCAUAUGAAAUUGGAUAUUAAUUAAUGGACCCAAAAAUAAAAUACAAAUUACUUUGAUUAAUUAAACUGGCUGUUAUGGGGGGGGGGGAGGGGGCUAUAAAGAGAAUAUGGUAUGUUAUAAAAAUCAUUUUUUCAUUUCCAGCUUUAUGUUCAAUGUCAGAAAAUGGGAUUUUCCCUGUCACACACCAGCAAAAUGAACAUGCUUGACCUCAUUGGUGGGCACUUUUCAGACAAACUGGUUGAAGAAGUUAGAUGCGGGAAGAAAAUUCAAGGCACUGGUGACAACUGGGACAUGAAAAUACAUGCACACGAUAUGCUUUCAACAAAUCAAAACACUGAUUUGCACUACUUUGCUUCUAAUCUUAUUGUUGAGCGUGUACCAUCAGAGAAUCUGUCAAAUGUGUCCCCACAAGUUAAGAUAUCUUCCCUCCAUAACACAGCUUUCCUUCUUGACAGCAACGAGGCCAACAAGUUGAGAGAUGAUAUAAAAGUGUUGGUUGGAAGAGUUCUGCUUCACAACAUACCACACUUGUCGUUUUUGAAACAUGUCAUUCCCAAUCAUAUUGCACAUCCGUACAAGAAAAAAAUGUCAAAAAAAUCAAUCAUUGUUCCUUUACCAAUGAUGAUGAAAGAUAAAAAAAAGUAUGAAGAUGUAGUUGAUAUCCUUGAUGGUUAUGAACAGCAUUUGGAAAACAUCUUUGUUAAAGCCGAUGUCAUUAAAAAACCAGUUGAGGAUACCAAUAGCAAAACACCUACAAUAAUUGGCAGACAGUCAGCAUCAGCAGAUCAGGCAAGGGCGCAUUUCAACAAAGAUGACGAGAAUGAUUAUAUGAAGAAGAUAUCUGUACCAUUUGGGGGAGACCAGAUGACCAGGGUGAGGUUUGCAGGAGCAAAAGAUUUAAGAGCUGGUGCCAAUACUGCAAAACAUCGUUUUGAUCAUUGUUGUCCGUUUGUUGCCGAGCUGUUCCACACAAAGAUGGCCUAUGUUCAGGUAAAAGAGAAAUAAAAUUUAAAUUAAUAAAUAUGCCAAAUAACUUCAAACACACAAUGUUGCCUUUGAAGUUUUAAGAUAUAAAUGUAUUUGCUUAAUAUCCUAGUUUGUAUACAACCUCCUAUACAAGGCAGAAUCGACCAGGGAAGUUGGCACCUUAAAGUUCUUUCGUGAAAAAUUCAAUCACCGUAAUGUAACUCCGAAGAAAGUUACUGAUUCUUAUGAAGGAUGUGAGCAAUUGCUACUUCAGGUGGGUCAAGCAUACCUUUUGGAAGCAGCAAUGGAAUUUUGGGGAAUGGGGAAUUUAGAAGAAAGCCCAACCAAACAUGUACCUCCAGCAGAUAUCCACAGCCAGGAAAAUGAAAAGAAGAUGGAAUAUUUUCAGGAAGUUGUUGGGGAAUUUGUAAAUGAAUAUGCUUUGCCAAAAGGAGAGCAAGAAAUUUUUGAAUCGGACAAAGUAAGGUAGGUAGCAUGCUGAAAAAUAAUAUUUUAGGAAUACCCAUUCAUAAUUGACUUUUCUUAUAAAGUAUAAUGCUUUAUAGAGAUUUUUAGCACAGAUAAAAGUGACAAUCUCACAUGUGAGAUUAUUCAUGAUAAAAUUAUGCUUUUCAAUCAUCGCUUUACUGUAAAAAUUAUCACUUUUCAAAGACUGUCCUUAAAAAUUAUCGCUUUUCAAAGACUGUCCUGUAUAUCAUGUUUAACACUCAAAAUAAAUCUGGUAUUUCUGCACACCCAUGUAUUAUUCUCUAUAUAUUUUUUGACAGGGCAUAUGGGCUCAAUGUUAUUGAGCUUGUGGUUUUCCUCAUGCAGUUGAUCGAUACGUGUAAAGAGGGUGAUGGAGAAAGAAGCAUGAUCAAUAAGAAAAGGCUAUUAAUCUACUUUAAGUCAUCUAACUCAUUUAAAAACUAUUCUGUGGAGAUGUUCACAUGGAUUGCUCAAAUCAAGUCUCUGUGCUCUGAAGAAAUGGCUCAUCGCUUGAAAUGGGGCAGAUUUGUAAAUUGGAAUGGUGGAGAAGGGAAAAAUAUAGCAUGUGAUAUGGCGCAAGAGAUAUGUAAUCGUGUAAGCAAAGAUAUUGUCAAGGGAAUGGGGGCCAACAAGACUCCUCAAGCAAUGAUGAGGGCAUCUAAAGCUGCUGCAGGUGUCGAUCAAAUAGUGAAGAGAGUGAAUGAAGUCAGCAAUAUCAAACCAGCAUCUCAAUCGCAUACACACAAGGAAACCAGUAAUGAAGAAGUCAUGAUGUUUCAGGAUCUACGAAAAUUACAACCAUUCAACACAAAGAAAGGCAGAUAUCACAAUUUUAAAGAAAUUGUUGUUUCACCAACAUCAUCAGUUAAUAUGAGUGAACUUUUCACAUGGUUAGAAAAGCACAAAAAGCAGAUUGCUAUGGGAGACAAAACCCAAAAAUAA